AAAUUACGCUUUACUAAAUAUGAAAUCCGUCAAUACUUUGUCGCCAUCAUCCGAUUCAACGAGACAUUACAUAUGACAGCACACUUGUAAUUUUCACCAUCAGAUCUCAGGCAAUCGCCGCUACCGGAAAUUUACCCAGAUUUAAGGUCGACGCCCGGCGACGAUCAUCACGAUAGCCGAAACUACGAUGCUCCGUAGAUCGCUCAACCUCUUUCUCUUCCUCGUUCUGCACUGCCAAAACCUUAUCCUAACUUCUUCAACCCAAUCGUCUACACCACUUCUCAACGUUUCCCACUAUCUCUACCCCAAAGCCACCUCCUUUCUCUUCUCUCAACCUCCGCCUCCUCCUUCUCAGCCCUCGUACUUAUUGAAGGAGGUACUGGAGUCUAUUUCGAAGGGAGAGAAAUGGGAUUUGGAGGAGAUUAGGAUUUCGAAACUGAAUGCUAAGAGAGCCAAGUUUGGCAAUGUGAGGAAGUACGAGUUUGGGGUUAGGUUGGGAAAGACUGAAAUCGUGUUCAAGGUGUUUGAUCAAGUGUCCAAGUGGAAAAAGUUUGAAUCAUUGGGGAAGAGGAAUUGGUCUGACUUUGAGUCUCUGGUUAAAGAGAUUGGCUCCAACGCUGUUCUUGAUGGAUUUAAGAUUGAAGGUCCACUGGAAUUGUAUGCUGCUGGUGAUGAUUAUAGUUUCUCGCUCAAUUUGCCGUUAAACGUUUCAGUUCCUGGUUUGAAACAAAUACUGGUUAGUGAAGGCAUGACAGUAGAAGUGGAAGGUGCUGAAGAAAUAACUGUAUUCCAUACCCAUCCCUCUCCAAACGGACCACUAUAUGGGCAUACUUUCAGUAACUUGAGGAGCAAGUUUCCCUCUUCAUGUUCAUCAUCACUUCCAAUACGUGUUAGAGGGUCAGCACAUGUGUCUGUGUUCAAGACUCAAAGCCCCAAUUCGGCCAUAAAACCCUCUUUUCUAUCUGGAGACACGAUCAUGUUGCUUCCAGAUAAGUGUUAUACAGGAAACGUCCAAAGAAAACAGAGUUCGGUAAUUGAUUCUCUUAGCAAGAAGGCAACUUUACUGGAAAAUGCUUUGAAGAGUUUUGUGGGUGGGAGAGCCGAUAGAAAAACUGGACUUGGCCUAAAAAUAAGGAUCAAACCGUCAAUUGUUAUUCGGUUCCAGAUGGAGUUGGAGAGAAAUAUCCGUAACAAUGACACUCAGUGGAGUACGUUAGGUGAGUGGAGGACAAGGCCGAAGGCUGAACGCGUUUGGUUUGAGGUGGUGGCAGGAAUUAGGGAAGGGUCACUGAAGCCACUAAUGAUGAAGAAAUUCCGACCUUUUGUUGAAGUAGAUUCAUUGUCGUGGAGCAGUUUGAUGUCAAAUGUUUCAUUCACAAAGAUUCCGUCCCUCCUUGUUACUUCAGAGCCACUAACACUGGAUGUCAAGUGGUGACCAAGGUGUGGUGCCAGUGAACUGCCUAGUCGCUAGACGAUUGGGCGAGCGCCUUGGCAACAAGUAGCCGUGUGAAAUAUUUGAAUAUAAUAGAGUAUGGGGUCAUCACUUUGUUCACUGCUGGCAAUUAAACUGUGAGUUUUUCUGCAUUAGUUGGUGUCAAUGAGCAGAGCCCAAAGAGAAGAUAAGUUCCUCAAUCUCCGCCACACAUGGCAUUAAAAACGUCUGGGUGGAGAGUGGAUAGAUAAUGACCACCCAUGACCCACCCCAUCCCACCACCACUCUUCACUUCUUCCUGUGGGUAACAGAAAUUCUCCCAGAAUGUGUUUAUGUGAGCUGGAAUCUACUCAUAAUAGAGCAUUGAACAUCCUCCCCCUGUUUCACAAUGCUGUUAGGAGGGUAAAGAGCUUGCUGAGGAAAAGGGUAACACUCCAAGCAGUUGCAACCCAAGUAGUCUCUCUUUGUGAUUAUAAAUCUUUUAAAUAUUAUAAUCAUAUCAAAUCUGAACGAGAUAUAGUCCUGGAAUAUAAAGAUUUGCAGUUGCGUUUCUCUUGUAAAAGGUUUAACUAAUCUCUCGUUCAUCCGGUUCAGGUAGAUACAAUAUUUAUUAUGCAUUGUGUACGUAUGUGCGUAUACAGACAUGUAUGUAUAUAUGCAAGUAGAGUUUUGCAUUUUCCAUGGUUGAUUCCAGUUUAAUUAUUCAAAAAAGAAAGGGAAAACUGUCAAAUAGGUCCUCGAAUUUUUAUAAAAAUGUCAAGUAAG